UGGUGGCAAUGGCUGUGCCACAGCUGACAAGCCACCAGGAGCCGGCAGCUGGAGAUAAGAUGGGGACAAGGUCUGCAAACCCCUCAGCAUGUGGGAGCUGAAUUUGGGGCAAAUUGUGCGUAUUGUCUCUCAGUUGCUGGGCACGCAUGGCUGUGGCAAUCCCUCAGCAGUGGGUCUCUGCUGUUCUCCAGGGCUCUGUGCCAUCAUCCACUACCUUCUCCAUGGGCAGCUGGGCUGGUUGGGGCUGACCAUUGCCUGUGAGGUACCCGGCUACGUGGCUCAGCUCCUCAGCAUCCUCUGGUUCAGGGCAGAUGGUCACCCUCCUGGCAGUUGGCUCCUAGUGCUCCACCUCCUGCAGCUGGGUCUCUGGAAGCGGUACUGGGAUAUUUUGCGGACGGUGACAAAGACGGGAGGUGGUCCCUGUGCCAGGGAGGUGCUGACACAGCAUGGGGACGUGUGUGUGCUGCGGCUGCUGGAAGCUCUGCUGCAGACCCUGCCUCACCUCCUGCUGCAGGCCUACGUCGUCAUGGCCGUCAACCCAAUGGGCUUCAUCCCUGGUGUCAGUGCUGGGCUGUCACUGCUCUCCCUUGCUUGGGCUUUGGUCUCCUACAGCCACUUCACUCGCUUGCUGAAACCUGGACACCUCUGCCCACCAGCCACAGCCAUCCUCUGCCUGCUGCUCUGGAGGACAGGGAUGCUGGGGACCAGGAUCCUGGCCCUGGUGCUCUUUGCCAGGGUGUAUUCCUUUUGGGUCUUGGCUGUGGCAGGUGUCCACUGGUUGAUCAUGUCCUUCUGGCUGGUGGCCCAGCAGACAGACAUCAUGGCCCAGCCCUGCCCCUGGAGGCUGUUCAAUUGCCUGGUGGGAGCUGUGUACACCUUCUGUUACAUCAAUGUCCAGUCCGGUCCCUCCAAGCACAGAGUGGCCAUGUUUUAUGCAAUAAUGCUGAUGGAAAACACUGUCCUGCUGCUGCUGGCCUCCCGGUUCCUGCGAGCUGAUCUGAGGAACAGUUUGUGUGUGACUGGGGCCAUCAUGUCAGGGUCUGUAAUAGGUGCUGCAGCUCUGGUGGUGUAUUACAGCCGGCUCCAUCCCAAAUCCACAGAGAUCUGGCAGGGCUUCCUGAAGACAACCUGCAGUGCUGAGGCUGCCGGUGAUGAUGAGGUUGCUGGAGACAGCUCCCAGUCUGGGCAGAGUUUGGGAAUGUUGGGGCACAGCAGGUUCUUGGCUGGGGAAGGGAUCAUGGCAGAUCCCAAAAACAUCUCACCACUCCUGAAAUUCGGAGGGUGUUUGGAUGACAGCUGGACAAACCAUCACCACUGGCUGCUGGUAAAGCUGGCCUUGAAGACAGGAGAUAUGUCUGUGAUCAGUGCGGCUUUUGGAGAUGGUGGCAUCAGAGAGGUUUACCCUGGAGGAUGGGUGAUGGGGAAGCCCACCAGUGUUGAUGCUGGGGAAAACCUUUCCCUCCCCACAAGAGAAAUUGGUCCUCAGGGUGGUGAGCCUGCUUUGGCUGAGGAGAAAUUGCUGGCAGAGGGGGGUGGUGAAGAUGGCAGUCCCAGCGCCAGCACUGCCAGAACGGCACAGAAGAAGAGAGCUGGGCAGGAGCCUGGUUUUCCCCCAGUUAUGUCCUUUCCCAGGAGCUUCUCCCCGGAUCCAACCGAAGGCUCCUCUGUGUAUUUCAGCGCGGGAAGUGUCGCCUCUCCUGGCAUGGGGAUGGUCACAGCUACCUGCAUGGCCUUGGUACCAAGGGACAGUGAAGCCCAGCAUCCCCCAGGCUGCUUGGGAGGAGAAGGAGGGAAUUUAUCCCUUGGGAUGGUGAACAUCAGCCCAAUCCUGGGCACCUGUGCCCACAAGCAUCUGCAGAGCAGCUCUUCCCUCAGAGGAGUGAGUGGCUGUGGGGUGGCAGGUCCCCCCAAAGAGGGCUCGUUGCCCACAGGGGUGGAGGGUGCCCUCAUGGGGUCACAUCACCUUUGGGACAGCCACCCUUGUGGCACACAGGGGACUGUCAUGAGGAGCGAGCUGAGGCCACCGUGCUUCACCUCCACCCCCAAGGCUGACUCUAGAUACCUGGAGCAAGGGCUGGGGGAGGUGGUAGAAGGGACAAACCUGUCUGGGUUGCUGCGGUGACCCUGGAAAUUGCUGCAUCGUCACCUCGGGUCAGCAUUGGGGUUGACCACCUCAUUGAUGGGGUACAGCAGGAGGUGUUGGGAUGUUAAUGAUGGUCACGAAGACUGUCCCCGUGGUGCUUCUGCCAUGGGGCUGAUGUGGUCCUUCCUCACUAGGACAUCACCUUCCCUCCCGAUGCAUCUUCUACUUGCAUUUUUUGAGAGCUCAGAGGUCCUAAAAAGCCUUAAAAGUCCAUGUUUAGGUAUUAAUUGAACUUAUUUAUGUCACAGCCCUGCUGGGCAGAUGGAGCACACUGCCUCCUCUAUAUUUGUGAUCAUGUCUUGAAUUGUGUCCUUUAACAAGCAUCUGUACAAGCUGCUGUUCUCUCCCAGGUGGAGAUCUGGCUGCUGUCUCCAGGGGCUGCAGUGCUGGCCAAAGCAGGAGUUUUCUCAGGACAAAUAAGUGCCUAGACCAGGAAAAGUCUUACUCUCAGAGUUACACUCUGAGAUGCCCUCUUUUUCUGGGCAGAAUAAGCCCUAAGAUAAAGCUUAGUGGUGCUUGAUUUAUUUUCCCCCCACCCAGUUCAUCUUGAGAGCUUUACCAGCUCCGUUUGCUGGGGCCACGUAGGAUCACAGAUCCUCUUCAUACUGCAGACCACAACCUCAGGACCCUGAAUUGCAGACAAAAGCCAUGUCCAGCUCCCUCGCUCACUGCCCCACUUCCUCAAGUGACCUUUUCUGCCCAGCCUCUUCCUUGCCCCCUUCCCCCCAGCUGCUGAUAAUCCAGAUCUGGCUGGUUGCUCCUUGCUAAAUUUAACUUCAAACCAAAUUUCAAAAGAGAUCUCCAUACUCCUGCUGCUGUAAAAUCCCCACUGCAGACAGGGUUUAUUUAUAUCAGCAACUAAAGGCCUCAGUGUUGUGGUCUCAAAAAUAGCCAAGUACUUCCAGUCAGGCUGGCUGGCCAUGGGUGUAUGCUUGCACAUGGCUUGACUUGUUUGAUUGAGGUCUAGUCAGCUGGGUUCACCAGCAAGCUCAUGGGUACCAGCUGGUGCACAUCUGGCCACAUCCUCCAGCUGUUGUCCUGCUGCAGGCAAGAUUCCAGUGGUGCCACAGGGCAGGAAAGGCAGCAGGAAGGACAGGCAUGCAAUGAAUUAUUGAAAGAAAAAGCUUCAGCGUAGCAUUCACUGUUCAGGAUUGACCCAGCCAGAUGUUUCUUCAAGCUGAUCUGGUCACUGAAAACCCCCUUGGUGCCACUUUCAGAGUGAAGCUGCUUUCCAGCAUGGUGAAAGCUCCAUGUCCCUGUUCAGCCCACAGCACUGCUGUGCUCUGCAGGGAGGAGGCAGCUUUUCCAGAGUCCUCACUACGUGCAUUACAGAGAAGACAGCAGAGUUGCCGUGGCAUUACAGACAUUUUUAUGUGUAAUUUGGUUUUCUACCUUUGAUAAUAUAUAA